UAGUAGAAAUAGUGUUAAAGUGCCGGUAAGGUGACUAAGUAUUUUGUUGACAUAUUGAACAAGUUGGACCAAAAGGAGUAUACAGUCAUCUUGGACUUAACUUAUAAAUAUUAAUGUCAAGCUUUGACGUCAUAUUUAAAGAAAGUCACCCCACUUUGUUCCACCCUGAGCAGCGGAAUAAACAACAAGUCAAGUCAGCGUUCAAUUUUCGAAAGUCAACUUGAAUUAAAAAAAAAGAAAAGCCGGUCAAAAUAUAUCAGUCAUGGGCGAUGCUGAUCGUGCGAUGAACGAACCAGAAGCCGCGAAAACUGUGUCCGGAAUCCAGGUGAUUCCCGCCGAGGAUGUGGCUUCCAUUGAGGAUAUAAUCACAAUCGAUCCGGACUGCUACGAGCUUGAUCUGAAUCAUCGCCGGAUCGAGAAGCUGGAGAACUUCGAGCCGCUGACUCGAAUCGAGCGCCUGUUUCUGCGCUGGAAUCUGAUCAAGAAAAUCGAGAACUUGUCCAGCCUGAAAACACUGAUUGAGCUGGAGCUGUAUGACAACCAGAUCACCAAGAUUGAGAAUUUGGACGACUUGCCCCACCUGGAGGUGCUGGACAUUAGCUUCAAUCGUCUGACGAAGAUAGAGAACCUUGACAAGCUGGUCAAGCUGGAGAAGGUCUACUUUGUGUCGAACCGGAUAACCCAAAUCGAGAACCUGGACAUGCUCACCAAUCUGACCAUGCUAGAGCUGGGGGAUAACAAACUGAAGAAGAUCGAAAACAUCGAAAUGCUCGUGAAUCUACGACAGCUCUUCCUGGGCAAAAAUAAGAUAGCAAAGAUCGAGAACUUGGACACAUUGGUCAAUUUGGAGAUACUCAGUCUACAGGCCAAUCGCAUUGUAAAAAUCGAGAACCUUGAAAAGCUUGCCAACCUCCGCGAACUCUACGUUUCGGAAAACGGAGUGGAAACCAUUGAAAACCUCUCGGAGAACACCAAAUUGGAGACCCUCGACUUGGCCAAGAACCGGUUGAAGGGCAUUGCCAAUCUGGAAAAGCUGGAACUGCUCGAGGAGCUGUGGCUGAACCACAACGGAGUCGAUGACUGGAAGGACAUUGAGCUGUUGAAGGUGAACAAGGCGCUGCAGACCAUCUACCUGGAGUACAAUCCGCUGGCCAAGGAUGUUCGCUACCGCUCCAAACUGCGCGACAUACUGCCGCAGCUGCAGAAGAUUGAUGCCACCCUGUGCAAGGUGCCCGGUACCUAGAUGGAACCACUGUAAACCCCUUGAAAGACUAAUCCACGGCGUUGCGCCACUACAUUUAUAUCGAUUAACUUUGAAAAACUGCGUUUAAAAUAUACAUACAAAUUAACCACU